AUGCCUACAGCUCAAACUUCACCAGCUUUCGAGCAGAUGCUAAGAGUUGAUGAGGCAUGCUGGUCGCCAACCACAUCUCCUACGUCAGGAAUGAAUCACACUCAUCAAGAAGAAAGUUCGAGUCCCUCACAAAACAGAAAAUCGGUUCUUGCAAAAGUAAAAGAGAGAGCUAAGAAGUUGAAGCACUCUCUCAGUGGCCGAAAGAACAUCAAUGAAAACGAUUUGAAUGACGAAAGUACGACCCCACAUUCGGGACUCGCCUUAGACGAUCAUAAUGAUGAUGACCCGACUGAUGAUCCUGAAUAUCUCGGAGCUCCAAUGUAUGAGUCAGAAGCCGCACCCGAAGGCUUAAAAGAGAAUGCGAGACAACACCCACGGGCAGUGCCCGUGGUUUCCGAGAGCCAUCGAACCCCAAUAAGGACCAAACCAUCUGAAACAUCACUUAAAGAAAAAGAAAAUGAGACGAACGUGACUGAAGCGGUUCCCCAAAAAUCCGCACAACCUCACAAUAUCAUCACUUCCAAGAUUUCGGGACUUGUCGUCUCACGAGAGACUCCAAACCGUGAGACGGUAAGGAUAAGUAACCGGGACAAGUCGGGAAAGCUCAGCCCGGUGAAAGAGUACUCAAUGAACAAGGUGGAGCCCAUGGAGGACGAGCGGGCCCUUUCGCAGGCUUUAGCUGAGGCCAUUAGACCAAAGAAAAUAAACAAUAACACAAGCGUGGUGGGUAAAGUGAAAGAGGCUGUUAACUCAUUUUUCUGGAAUGAAGAGACGUCCAACUCGGUGGCAAGGCCCGUGGGCCCAAAACUUUACAACUGUGAUGCCAGCGCAGCUCCUCGUUACCAGUUUUCCUCUAAUGCUCAUGCAGUUGCUGAAGAAGAAAACCAUGGAAAAAUACUCCAAACGAACUGA